AUGCUUCUCUUUGAGCUUGAAGGUUUCGGCCCUUUUUUAUAUGCACUCUCCAUGAUGCAUAGACUUCACGAUAUAGCCGACAUUAAAUCCACUCCAUCAAGCUUCGCCAUAAUAAUCCCCCAAAAUUUCAUUCGCUGCGCCGUAGCCCUCAAAAUUGACCCCCAAUUCUUCAACCAAUUUUCGUGCAACCAACGUCACUAUUUCACAGCUUCCCUUACAGACCUCGUCACGAACUUGGCCGACAUGGACCGUGAAGGCUCUAAUUUACUCACCCUCUCCUUUGUGCGAUUCCAACCUCACAUGGUCCUUGAAUUUGAGAAACAUGUUUUAGACGAAGUACACCAUGUGUCAACAUUAGAGAUACCCAUAUCCAUACCUUCGUAUCGGCAGGAUGUAGGCGAAAUCGACUAUUCUUCCUUUGUCUCUAUUGAAUUAGAUCUCUUUAAAACCCUUGCAAGAUGGUUAGAUAACGCUUAUGAAGCUUAUGUUACUAUUUCGAGUUCAAAAAUUUCCUUCUUUGUUGGGAGUAGUCGGUUCACUCUUGAUGCACAGGAAAGAGAUUGCAUAAUUGGCGGCGUUGCAAUUGGACAAGAAAUUAACUCCUCAAUGACUCUCUAUCCUAUGCAAUUCUAUUGUAACUUGGUAUCUGAUAGGUUGUGGUUAUUCAAAUCCAUUGGGUCCAACUGUCUAAUUCUCAUUGCUCCUUUGGGAUUGCAUGCUCACUUUUCCUCAUAUUAUUUUCCCGAUGAUUUCUGA